AUGUUCUGUCUUCGCAGCUGGCUACCUCUUCUCUUUAUUCCAACCAACGCAUCUCCUCUAUUCAUCAUCUCCUUCGUCGCUCUGACCUACGUCAUCCACCGCCCGUGCAUCUACUGCUCUGCGCUACUCCUCAUCCUCUUUGUUUCCUCAUGUCACUGGUCAGAUCGCUGCAUCUUCGAUCUUCGUGGCAACUGGUUUGCUCCACGCUAUAGCUCAGGGUCUGGUGAUUCCCCUGGACCCAUCUCAGGCAACGGCACAUCUGUUGCGAUGGCUCCCAACGACAGUCUAGCAGACUUUGUUUUCGAGACAGUCAACUCAACUACCAAGGCGUUGGCGGGUGCUAUGCUGGAGGGUGCUCAGCGACAAUUAGCCCCAGAAGGACCGGAGUCACAAGCGGAAGAGUGGACAGGGAUGGGUUUGGAGUGGUUGCGGAGUCUUCUUGGACGACGUGAAUGGACUCUACCCUGUGUAGAUGUUAAGGUCCAAUUAUAA